CACCAACACCAUCACCACCACCUCACGUCACCUCGCGCACACUCAACCCCACCACACGCGCACCAUGGCCGCACCACCGCGCUUUACAUACCCUUUCGCGACCUCGCCCGACAUAAUCCGCUCUUACCAAAAAGACGCCUACUUCAGCGGUGUGCUCCUGGACCAACUCAGCACGCUCCUGCGCCAACUGCGCGGCGCGCGCUUCGCCCACACCUACAUCUCCGAGACGCGCGUAGCCAGCGAGCUCUUAUACCUCGGCCUCACCACGCUGAUUGGAAACCGCACGCUGGGCGAGGAGUACUGCGACAUCGUGCAGGUCGAGGGCGAUGCUGGGCGACUGCCUGCGCUCGGGCGGCGCGCAGGGUACAUCUUGGCGUGUAUCCUCGGGCCGUAUGGGCUGGGAAAACUGCUGCCGAAACUGAGGAGAAGGAUGCGUGCGAAGCUAGAGGCGAAUUUGCGGCGAUAUGCGCGUGUGCAGGCGAAGAGCGGGGACAGCGGCAAGCCGUGGGGAAUGAGAGUGCAGAACUACGUGCUGGAGAACCUGGACACGAUUACGAGCCCCAGUCCGGUGUAUGCGCUCAGUCUGGCGACGUUUUAUUUCUCGGGGAGUUAUUACCAUUUGAGUAAGAGAAUUUGGGGGCUGCGGUAUAUCUUCACACGGCAGGUGCAGGAGACAGAUGCGAGGAUUGGGUAUGAAGUGCUUGGCGUGUUAUUGGUUCUGCAGAUGGCGGUGCAGGGGUACCUGCAUCUGCACAGCACGAUGACGAGCGCUGAUGGCAGCACUGCGCUGCCGGUGGGCACAUCGGCCAUUGUUGGUGGCGGCGCAGAGGUCUCAUUGGACCCCAAUGCGUAUAGCGCGAACAACGCGCUGCUGUUUGAUGCCUCGAUGCCUCCGCCUGCUGCUGCAUCAGACUUGCAGAAAUGGACGCACACCCCAUCAAACGACAAGCCGAAGUUCGACCUUGAGAACGAGGAAACAAUGGGAUGGAUCGGAGGCGGUAAUAGGAAGUGCACAUUGUGCCUGGAGGAGAUGAAGGACCCCAGUGUGACGACCUGCGGACACGUCUUCUGCUGGACGUGUAUCAGCGACUGGGCGAGGGAGAAGCCGGAGUGUCCGUUGUGCAGACAGAGUUGCUUGGUGCAGCAUGUUCUGCCGUUGCGAGGUUGAGAAUGGUUGAUUUAUGACGUUACGUUCGAGCUUGUACAAGAUACCCUGGAUACGACAAGACUAUGACACUUGAAGCGACCUUUCGCAUUGCGCGGGCAUUUAUCCGUACUCUGACUUUCAUUUGUGGUCUCCUAAGAUGCUGCAUCAUCUCUUGAGCCGUUCGACUCAACUAGAAGGACAACAGAUCGACUCAGUCCGCACCCCCCGAAGUACCUCGCCAUUCGAGCGAGGACUUCACGCAAAUCAACAUCCUGUUAGAUCAAAUCAACGUGUUAACGUCCCUCAGUAAUUUUGACAUGCAAACGCCUGC